GGCGACGUGCGGUGGCGGCUGGUCCCAAGCUCGGGGGCGGGCGGGAGCACCGCACCGAUGCCGAUGCUCCUCCCACCCCCAACUACUACCUUCCCUCCCCCCAUCCGCCCCACUCGCAGCCCGCUCCGCCUCUGCUCCUAGCUUCCGGCCCCCACGCGACGCUCCCCGGCGAUGUCGUCGCCGCCGCCCGACGACGGCGAGGGGGAGGGGAGCGGGGGGAGGUCGUUGAGCUACGGGGAGGCGGAGUACUGGGACGCGCGGUACGUCGAGGAGGGCGGCGCGCCGUACGACUGGUACCAGCGCUACGACGCGCUCCGCCCCUUCGUCCGCCGCUUCGCGCCGCCGGCGUCCAGGCUCCUCAUGAUUGGAUGCGGCUCCGCUCUUAUGUCCGAGGACAUGGUCACCGAUGGUUAUGUGGAGAUUGUGAACAUUGACAUUUCUUCGGUUGUGAUUGAGAUGAUGAGAAAGAAAUAUUUCAACAUUCCGCAGCUACAAUACCUGCGUAUGGAUGUCAGAGAUAUGAGUAUGUUUCCUGAUGAAUCUUUUGAUUGUGCAAUUGAUAAAGGUACUCUGGACUCAUUGAUGUGUGGUGUGGAUGCUCCUCUCAGUGCAGCUCAGAUGGUUUUGGAAGUGGACAGGCUUAUUAAACCAGGCGGUGUCUUUAUUUUGAUAACAUAUGGUGAUCCAUCAGUUCGUGUUCCUCAUUUGAAUCAACCAGGAUGCAAUUGGAAGAUUGUACUUUACAUUCUACCAAGACCUAAUUUCACUGGGAAGAUAAGGAGGCACGUAUUGGAUCCUGUUCCACUGACAGAGAAGGGUAGACUCCCUGAUGGAUUUGUUCCAGAGGAUCCUGACUCCCAUUAUGUCUAUGUCUGCGAAAAGAUGCAAGGAUUGACAGGGGCAGGUUCCCCAACCGUAGAGAGGCAAGGGGAAGAAUAAACUAUAGGAUGAUUCAUCCCACAAGAUUUGUGGAUCAUUGUGAUUUGUACAUGAUCAGAUGACGUGAUGUUGCCACCUUUGUUAUGGCCAUCCAGAUAUGGUAAGCAUGCCAUUGCAUGCAUUUAUAUUUAAGAAAUCUUGCAAGAA